ACUGACUGCAGCGAGGGCUCCACGCCAUCCUGUAUUCCCUGUCAUGGCAUCCAACAGCAUCUUUGACUCCUUCAACUACAGCAGCAGUCUACUAAGAGAGCCGCCCACCACCAGACGGUUCACGCCGCCCUCGACAUCCUUCCCCUGCAGCAAAAUUGGAGACGCCAACGGCUCCAUGGCCACCCCGGGCUCUCUCAGGUCCAGACCGGAUACCAGGAACGUGGUGGACGUCCUCGCGGACCACGCCGGCGAGCUGGUCCGAACCGACAGCCCCAACUUCCUCUGCUCGGUGCUGCCUUCUCACUGGCGCUGCAACAAGACGCUCCCCGUGGCUUUCAAGGUCGUGGCCCUCGGCGACGUUCCGGACGGGACUCUGGUCACCGUGAUGGCCGGGAACGACGAGAACUACUCGGCCGAGCUGAGGAACGCCUCCGCGGUGAUGAAGAACCAGGUGGCCCGCUUCAACGACCUCCGCUUCGUGGGCAGGAGCGGACGAGGAAAGAGCUUCACUCUGACCAUCACCGUGUUCACCGGCCCACCACAGGUGGCCACCUACCACCGCGCCAUCAAAGUCACCGUGGAUGGACCCCGGGAACCGCGCAGGCACAGAGUGAAGCUAGAAGACCCCCAGAAGAUGCAGUUCUCCGACAGGCUCUCAGAAAUUGAGCGCUACCACCAGCGAGCGAUGCGGAUAGGCCCGGUGAACAACAACCCACGCCCUCUUCACCAAACACACCUCGGCACCACGCAAGCUCUGUGGCAGGAUCAGAUGGAAACCCCAGCCCUGAAGACCUGCAAGGUGGAGGAGGAUCUGAGGACAUGGACAGCAGGGACUACAGAUCUAUUUCAACAGAGACCCACCUUCCCGUCUCUGUCGCCGCUGACUGACCCUCGCUUCUCAGACCCCCGCAUGCACUACCCGGGGGCCUUCCCUUACUCUCCCAACACCUCCGGCACGGGCAUCAGCGGCCUUAGCAUGUCAGCCUCUUCUAGAUACCACACCUACCUGCCCCCACCCUACUCAAACAACCAGACCCAAAACUUCCAGUCCAACUCCUACCUGUAUUACGGCACAGGCUCCGGAUCCUACCAGUUCUCCAUGGUGGCGCCGGGGAACGCCGGAGGCGAGCGCUCUCCAACUCGCUUACUGUCCUGCUCGGGAGCCACGGGCGCUGGAACCAACAGCCUGAUGAACCCUGGCCUGAGCGCCCAGAGCGAGGGCGUGGAGGCCGACGGCAGCCACAGCAACUCCCCCACGGCCAUGAGCGCCUCGGGGCGCUUGGAUGAGUCCGUCUGGAGGCCAUAUUGACUAACACAGCCAGACAAUUAAAGGAGUGGAAGAGGAUAGGACGGAAACGUGAAGAGAAUGAUGAACAAAGAAACUGAACACUGAAAAAGUUGAAAAAGAAAAAAAAAAAGAAGAAGUUGCAUGUCUGUCUGUCCCUCCCCCCUCCCCCCAACAAUCAUUUUAAAGACUGUUGCUUUCAGGAACUCUCUCAAGAGCUUUCUGUAUUUUGUCGUAUUCAAAUGAACUCCUGCACAGCGCCGGGACCUGUUCUCUGGAAGCCAUAAAAAGAGUGAAGGCAACAUUCAGCAGGAGACUGUAAAUAAGGGGUUAAAGGCCAUCGCAGCGUUUCUGGUGUUGACAGACACUCGUCAAAAGACUAACGAACAACAGAGGGGAGGUCCAAACAAUCAGUCCAGCUGAUGAACUGAGAAACCACAGCAGACAUUAAACAAACAGACUGUUUAGACUGAUCCAGCUGAACUUGGCAGGUGGAGAAGUCAAACUGGUUGUUUUCUCCAUGAGUGAUUCCUCGCAAAGGCAUGGCUGCRCUGCUGUAGCAACUCGGUCCCUUUAAGCUUUCACUUUUGUCAAAUUUGAAUACUGCAUCCAGGGCUGUUUCGUGUGCUCAGAGUACUACAGGACCUAACUGUCUAUUUAUUAUCCAAACAGAGACAUUAGUAUUUGCUUCUUUGGUGGAUGUUUCAGUAACGUUGCUGCAUUACAGAAAGAAAAGCAUUUUCAUGUGUUUACCAAAUUAAAUCUUUCACACUAUCAGUGGGACAAUAAGAUUUUAGGAAUGUUUCAAACAUGAACAGAGGAGGGUUUGUUGUUUUMUUUUCUGCAGAAAUCUUUCUUCUCUCAACUUCAUUUUUAUUCCUUUUUUACUCUAGCUCUUUUCUUAAAGAAACAAAGUCCUGAUCUGAUUUUUUUAACUGGAUAAGAUGGUUUACUUUUGAUAUUUAUUUGAGCCAAAUUUUGGGGGGAAGUGUAUACACACACCCCAAAUCCUUAAGCAUUUAAGUUUACUUUUCUUUUUUUUUACAUAAAUAUAUAAACAGUAUAUACACCAUGUUUUGUUGUUAAGUAUGAAUUUGGAAUUUGUGUAAUAUAUUGCUACUAAAUUAUAAAAAAAACAAAACCUUUUUAAUGUAAUUAUUUUUGCCUUCUAAUGUAGCUUUAAUGCACUAAAAUCUUUAUUCCAAAUCCCCAAAAGAUUCUGUUGGUAAGAUAAUAUGCAGAGCCAAAAUYUUUAAAGCAAUUUCCAAAUUGCCUUCUUUCUCCAAAAAACAAAAACAACAAAAAGAAGCAAAAUUUUUUUUUGAAAAAAACCCAUUAGCUACACUUUUUGCACUAUUUUUUGACUUUCAUUUCUCUUUACUGCUCAGCUGUUGGGGUUUGAAUGCACGCAGAACAAAAUAUGAAAUAUUUCUGCACAUACCUUUAAAAUCUAACAGAUCUUUUUUUUUCUUGCUGAAGCAUUUUAUGAAUACACAUAUUCCUGCACCACAGGUGUGUCUGCACAUUCCCACUGUCCUCGGGGCCUUUCCCCUGCAGCUGUGAGGAUGAAAUGACAGAAAGAAGAGGCGGGGGUCCAGCGUGGUAUCUUUAUACCAACACUGAGGGCAGCUGUGCAAAAAAAUAGAAGAAAAAAAAACCGUCUCGUUCUGCUCAGAUCUCUUUGUUCUGAGUAAUCACAGAGCGCUUUGAAGCGUUUGUGGCCACGAUUCUAUCUCCCGCUCGGUCUAAUUUACUGAUCACGCUCUGCGUUGUGCUGCGGUUUUUUACAACAGAUAUCAGCUGUCCUGAAAAGUCUCUCUGAAGAGGGAAGAUUGCAUUAAUGUCCCUGAAAGACGGAUGCUUUAGCUACACAGUUUAGGUUUUAUUUUAAAGUGAAGAGUGAUCCAAAGAAGCGAGCGUUUGCAGCUCAGAUGAAAGAUUGUUUUUGCAGACUCACUGCCUUAUUCCUGUCUGUAAAGAAAAGCCAUCGGCGUCUCAUUCCUGCUCUUUCUUUUAGAGGAAAAGCAUGUUUAACUUUCUUGCUCCGUCCUCCAAAGCCCGUGAAGYGACUGAUAACCUGACUUUUAUUCUGGGUAAGAAUCAUGCAGCUAGAGAAACCACAUAAUAUUUGUGUGGUUUCUUCUAAAAUAAACCAAAGAUAUACCCGACUGCCUGUUUAAAUGUUAGUAAUGAGAUGUGUGGCAAACUAGUCAUGUCUUGAAUGUUCGUCGUUGCCUUUUUUUUUAUGCAAAACUAGGAAGCCAAAGUGUACAAGUAAAUUGUACUUUGUGURUUUCAUUAAAAAGCACAAUGUUGCAAUUAUUUUGUUUCUUUACAAAAGAAGCUCUUUUUCAUUUUUUGUAUUCCAAAAUGAUUUUCUCUCUCUCUCUUUCUCUCUCGAUGCUCAAAGCAUGUACAUCUGAAACUGAUAUGUUAAUUUAAAAAUCUCAUCUAUCUAUGUGAUGAUAUCUGCUUCCAUAAGAGUGCUUGUAAAGUUGGCAGACAAUGUAGUUUUUAAUCAUUUUAAUUAAAAAAUGUGUCUCACUUCU